AUGAAAUCCUUCCUGAACAAUGCUGAUAAAGUUAGAGAGAGGGACUUAGCGGUAGAUGAUUGGGUUGCUCGACUGCGAGAUGUUGUCUAUGAUGCCAAGGAUGUUCUCGACAAAUUCAUCCUCCACAUUAGACAUGUUGGAGCUGAUCAGAAUGUGGAGUUGGUAGAAGAAUGGCUAGAACCCAGUGACCCACAUCUCAAGGUAAUCUCCAUUUUAGGCAUGGGUGGGCUAGGAAAACCUACUCUUGCUAAAAGAAUUUAUAAUGGUGACACUGUAAAAAAACACUUUGAUUGUCAUGCUUGGGCAUUUUGGUUGGAAGAUGGGCAUACUUGCCCUAUGGAGUUAGAGGAGCAAGGGAGACUCAUUAUUCAGGAAUGCGAUGGUCUUCCCUUUACGAUUGUUGUUGUAGGUGGUAUGAUGUCUCAAAGAGCCCAAGACUUUGAGAUACGCCAUUCAAAACUGAUUAGGUUGUGGGUUGUUGAGGGUUUCAUUGAAGGAAGGACAGAUAUGACACUAAUGGAAGUAGCCAAUAAUUACUUCAAAGAGUUGGUAGCUCGAAAUUUGAUUCAUGUGACACGAACUGGUUAUACUGGGCAAUUCAAAGCUUGCAGGGUGCAUGAUGUGGUGCGAAAGCGUGGUCUUUCUUUCUGUUAA